AUGUCACUUUCUCUCUUAAAAAUAUUUUUUUCUGUUUCAAAAAUUCAAAAUAGAAGGGCUUGUUCACUUCUCUUUAAUUCAAAAAAUUUACUUUUCAAUAGAAACAUUUCUUUAAAAAAUGUGAGAAAUAUAAAAACAAAAAAAGAAUUUGAUGACAAUUUAUUUGAGGAAUUAUAUGGAUUUAAAUUCAAGAAACAAUUAACUCGUGAAGAAAUUAAACAAAAAAUAUUGGAAAUAAUCAAAAGACAGCCUUCAAUAAAUCAAGAAUUAAUUAAAGAAAAGGGUCUUAAUGCAUGGUUUACAUCUCUAGGAAUUAAUAAUUCAAAAAGGAAGGUUAGAUAUUUUGGUAAUUUAUUAAUAUCCCCCAUCCCUUUCAUUCUUUCCGUCACACGUUAUAAGUAAAUGGCAAGUUAGAAGGAGAAAUUAGAAAGGAGGCCUAAAUUGUCAUUUAAAAUUUGUGGGGGAAAGAAUGAUUGACAGUAAAAAGGGAAAAUUAAUCAGAGACUCAAAUAAGGAUGGGGGUGGGG